AUGUUGAAGCAAUUCCUCCUGGCGUUAGAUAUUGGCUUCACCAGCGGCAGCAGCAGGACAGCUCGCAGUCUGCCUGUACAGAAUGAGUUACAAGGUCAGGGCCUUAUCGUAUUAGACACCCAGGGGCACUUCAGUGAAGUCCCAGGGAGUUUUGGAAAUUGCCCAGAAGGAGAGAGUCUUGAGUUUGGGAAUGGGAUUUGCAUUGCCAUAGGUUUCUUGUAUCAGUUUUGCGAUCCUGUUCCAUCAGCUGUUAACUUUGCUUUGCUGUUUCAGGUUAACCUUUUCGUUCUGCUGUCCGUCAUCUGUGUGCUGCUGAACCUGGCUGGAUUUAUACUAGGAUGUCAAGGUGCUCAGUUUGUGUCCAGUGUUCCUAGAUGUGACCUGGUGGAUGUGGGUGAAAACAAGAUUUGUUUCUGUUGUGAAGAAUUUCAUCCCACUAAAUGCACAGAAAAAGAGAAUGCGCUGAAGCUCUACCCAGUGAAGUCGUGCAGUGCUGUUCACCUCCUUCUUAAGAAAGUUCUCUUUGCUCUUUGUGCCCUGAAUGCUCUCACCACCACAGUUUGCUUGGUAGCAGCUGCUCUGCGUUACUUACAGAUAUUUGCAACAAGAAGAUCCUGCAUAGAUGAAUCUCAGAUUUCUGCAGAAGAAAUUGAAGAACGAGGUCACAUUUCAGAUCCUGAAGAUUUCGUCCCACCUGUGCCACCUCCUUCGUAUUUUGCAACAUUUUAUUCGUAUACUCCACGAAUGAGUCGCAGGAUGCUCGGCUCCGAUGUGAUUCCGCUGCCGCACAUUUACGGAGCGAGGAUUAAAGGAGUCGAAGUGUUCUGCCCCCUGGAUCCACCUCCUCCAUACGAAGCUGUGGUGAGCCAGAUCAGCUCCGAGCAGGAAGCUGCACUGCAAAUAGGUGUGGUGGAAGUUGUUGCUGAUUCAGUGGAAACAUGUGGCAGGCAGGCCUCUCAAGGUGAUGAAAUUCCUAAGUCUUCCAGCAGAGUGAGCCUUUCACCUUCAGCUGCGAGCCCCACGCCUGCAGAAGGAGCAUACAAGAGAGCCUUCAACCCCUUGCAGAGGCGCUCCAAAAGUGACCCUGUGCUGCACUGCCAGUUGCCCCAAGGCCCGGUGCUCAGCUGUGAGGCUGCAACACAGACUGAAAUUAAACCACAAGUUGACACUGUCGCGUUGCGGAAGAGCUUGAGAACAAGAGCUUUGAGAUCAAGACCCCGAUCUUUGAUAGACUACAAGUCUUACAUAGACACUAAGAUGCUUGUGGCACGGUUCCUAGAGCAGUCCUCCUGCAGCAUGACACCUGACAUACAUGAAUUGGUGGAAAACAUCAAGUCUGUUUUAAAAUCAGAUGAGGAACAUAUGGCUGAAGCUAUCACCAGUGCCACCUUCCUUGAGCAGGUGAUGGCGCCUGCCCAGCAAGCCAUGUCACUGCGGGCCCCCGUGCUCCCUUUCAGGCAGCAUCCUGGAUUGCUGCACCUGGAGAGCUGUGGUGACCUGAGUACUUUCACAGCCGGUGAAGGUCAGUCGGCAGAGAGGAGGAUCCAGAGAGCAGAGCACGAGCGGCCUCACAGUCUUAUUGGAGUUGUCAGGGAAACUGUACUUUGAGGUGGUUUCUCUCUGUUCCUCGGGAGAGCAUUUCUGUCAGGCAUUCAUGCUGCACAGGAAACCCAUCUCUGACAAGUAGGUGGAAGAGGGUGUUGCCAGCGGAUUUUUUAUACCCUAUUGCCCAGACUCCCAAUGGGAAGCUCUUUCUACAAACCCUCUGAGGCAGACUGCGAGCUGACCUGCAAAUUGGGCUGUUCAGAUGCAACUAAUGUUUGUGAAACAGCACUGUUCUGUUGCACCUCUGCAGUCUACUGCCACUUAGGACAGAGUUGUUUUUUCCUCAGCUUAGAUGCGGCAGAAGAGCUCUGUGCCUUGGUUCAUUGGGCUGAGGCAAGGACAAUUACUGUGUGUGUGCACUUUAUGUCUCAGUGAAGAACACAGGGCAGAGCCAAUGCCUGUGUUUAUCUGGUGUAAAUUACCAUAGCUCCACUGGUUUUUAGCUGGCCUGUUCCAACUUACUUCCUCAUAGAGGUGCUUUUUAUGUAUCAGCUGACAUAUAUGCUGAAAGCAUUUACGCAGCCAUCUCAAAUCCUCUGCAGAUGUGCAGGUGACUACCUAAUACUGUUUUGGCAGCCUUAACCACUAGGCCACAGUGACCCCUGAGUUUACACUCUUUAGCUAAUAAAUGAAUGUAGAAGCCAGUUGGCUCAAGCUGUUGACUGCAGAUAGUUUGUCAAGCUCUGUUCUGUAUCUAUGCUGCUAACUGGGAAUACACUAAGUGUUUCCAGAGGCUGGGAUCAGGCACAAAAUUUUGAUUUGCAAGGCUAGUUGCAGCCUUCUGUGUCUCAGCAGGAUGAGUAAAUACUCCUGCUGCUGUUUUAAUGAUAAUGCUUCAUUUAACAAUUAUUAAACAGCUUUCAUACUGAAAACCAAAAAGCUUUACAGUGAGUUUUAAUUAAGCUUGUUCAGAAGUGGAAACUGCAGUUUCACUUAUGAAAGAUAAGUUCAGUAAAAUAAAAUGCUCAUCUCUACUCUCGAA